UGUGUGUGUGUGUGUGUGUGUAUAUACCUGCCGGUAUGGAAUUCAGAAUGAGACGUCUGCAGUGGGUUCUGCCUCUGUCGCUGCUACUCGGUGGCCUGACUGGGGUCCACCUGAUAAAUCCGAGUUGUCACGAAGUGAGGACCGCUUUUCAGCUCCGUCAGAUCGGGCCACUCAAAUUUGUGCCGGAUUUUCCCGGGAAAGUUGAGGAUCUACAGAUCUGCACACACGACGGGCCGACUUGUUGCACAAAGAGGAUGGAAGAGAAGUAUCAAGCAGUUGUUCGGAGAGAGGUCCUGCAGAGCAUCCAUUUCCUGAGCUACGAGCUGAAAUACAGGAUUGAGAAGAAUGGGGAGGCUUUCCAAGAGGCUUUUAUAUCCUUGAUUCACAGUGCCCGCAAUCAUACCAACUCCAUGUUCAAGACAGGGUACAGGACAAUGGCAAAAGAGGCUACAGAGGUGGUGAAGGGGCUGUUUACUGACUUAUCACUCUAUGUCCUGGAUACGAGCUGGAGCAUUGAGGACAUGGUCCUGGGUUUCUUUGACAACCUUUUCCCAUUGGUUUAUAAUCGGCUGAUACACCCUGGACUAAAUGAGGUCUCUCUGGAUUACUUAGAGUGCCUACGGUCGGCCAGGCAGAAUAUCAACCCCUUUGGAAGCUACCCUACGAAGAUGGUAGCUGAGAUAGCCGAGCCACUGCAAGCAAUGAAAACUCUCCUGCAGGUCCUGAACAUAGGCAGCGAGGUGAUAAAUAUGACUAAGAACAUUGUUUUUACCCGGGAGUGUACCAGAGCCCUGGUGAAGAUGCAAUAUUGCUCUCACUGCCAUGGCCUUACUCUGAUCAAACCCUGUGUGGCCUAUUGUCUGAAUGUGAUGCGGGGAUGCCUGGCCAAUGUUGCCGAUGUUGACCCUCACUGGCAGGCCUACAUUUCAAACCUAAACGAGCUCACCAGUAUCAUUACAGGACCUCAAGGUGUGGAGCUGGCUUUACUGAGAGUGGCACCACUGGUUAAUGAAGCUAUUUUGCACGCCCAGCUGAAUGGACCCGAAAUCUCUACUACAGUGGGUAAAGUUUGUGACCAGCCCCAAGAGCGAGCAAUAGCUACAUCACAGGAAAACACAGCGCAGAUCCUGGUCAUGCCCAGCUUCAAACCCCAGGCUGUGACCCCAUUCGGCACCCUGGCCCAGAGAAGAAGCUCCCUGCCUCUGAAAGAAGUAAAGACUGAUAGGCCUAGGACAAUGAAAAAGAACUCUAGGGACUUCAUGAACUACAUCCGGCGGCACAGGACCUUUUAUGCUUCCAUGGCAGAGCAGAUCUGUGAAGAUGAUCUCCGACCUCAUGAUAGCUCAACCUGCUGGAACGGAUUAAACGUUGUGGAAAGUUACACAAACAGGGUGGUCGGGAAUGGAUUGAAAGAACAAGUGAACAACCCAGAAGUGAAAGUCCGAGGACCUGACGCUAUGGUGAAGAAGGUCAUCGACAAACUUGUGCAAAUCGACAAGAUGUUGCAUGGGAAAAGGAGCAAGCAGUCAGGGCAGUGGUCCUCAAGAGAACCUGGCAGUGGUGAUGACAGGGAAGAGGACUCUGAAUCGAGCGGAGACUGUGACGAUGAAGAUGGAUGCACAGGAUCUGGAAGCGGAGAAGUGGGUCAUAAGAAGAAGACAGAUGUGCCAGAAGAGCGAUGGACGAAGGAUCACAUUUACCCAGGGAUGGCCCCCACAUUGAAGGGAGCAAAGGUGGCCUCUCCAAGCUCUACCCCCAGCACCACAGCUCAGAGCAAGCCAGGAGCAGGAGCCAAUCAUUACAGCCUGUCCACAGUCGCCACGGUCACAGUGCUGGGGCUGAUGUGUCAUUGGCUGUUAUAGUUAAUGAUGCAUUGUGGGUGCACCUGCCCGCUCUUAUUUAUCCAGUAUUACAACUAUCACGCAGCUUUUAUUCUUUGUUGGAGGCCAAGUGAUGCUUUAGGAUCUGUGUUCUUGUAAUAUAGAUGAGAGCUGCAAUAUACUAUCGCAAACUGUUGGUCUUGAAA